AUGAUACGGUCUCUACCACCACCGCCAACACCCGUUCGUCGUCUAACACCAACUCCAUCACGAUAUUUGACUACAAAGAAGCCCAAACCCACUGAUAAACCAGAUGAGCCUGAAGAGCCCGACUUUCCUGAUCAGCCAGAUCAUCUUGAAGGGCCCGACCUUCCUGAUCUGCCUGAUAUCGGAAGCGGUGAUAACAAUGGUCUGACUACCACGACAACAACUACUACGGUAGCGUCAAAUAUUGGUCGUCGGCGUCGUCAAUCGAUGCUUAUUCAAUAG